GUUCGACUAUUGAUUUUUAAUGACAUCAAGGUGAUAUGCUUGACGCCAAAAAUAACUUCUGUCGUAAGUUAUUUUAAGCUUGCAUAGAUUAAGUUACUUAUAAACCAUAGGCCGAUUAAACAUCAGUAACGACAAUGUCUUCCUCAGGUGUGGUUUUGAGCCAAGAAGAACAAAAUCAGAUUAAAGCUGUUCUUUAUGGACAGUGUAUAGGUGACGCUAUUGGACUGUUGACAGAAUUUCUGACCAAGGAAGAAGCUAAAACUUAUUAUGAGAGAGUAAAGAUGAAUUUGGAAUACAAACAUAAAGCCAUUGUGUGUGAUUCUCACAGGAAUGGAUGGAAGGAAGGAGACUGGACCGAUGAUUCUGACCAAAUGCUGAUGAUUCUUAUGUCUAUCACUGAUAACAAAGGGAAGGUAGACUAUAAAGACAUUGCUCGUAGGAUCAAGAACUGGAUGAAACAUGGUAUUCCAGAGCUGGGAGACUUUGGCGGACAAGGGCUUGGUAGAACUACAGCUACUGUUCUUCGCCAAAAAAAAUAUGAGGAUGACCCACAUGCAUGUGCUGAACUUGUGUGGAGAUCAGGUCAGUGUAACAUCGCCCCUAACGGCGGGGUCAUGAGAACCUCUGUUGUUGGCACACACAGGUUCCGGGACUUGGAGGAAGUGGCCAAAAAUGCUUCUGACAUAGCCAGAGUAACACACCAUGAUCACAGAUGUCAGGCCUCAGCUGUGGCUGUGUCCGUUGCCAUAGCAAUGAUGUUACAGAGAAAUGAAAAACAUGUGGACAGGACAGGCCAUUACAAAGUUGACCAAAUCAUCAAGGACACGUAUGAUAUUGCUGUUAAAUACGUAGAAAUUGAGAAACAAAAGAAAGAGUUGUUAACGUAUUUAAAGUGUAAAGACAUAAAACAACUAAAGCUUUCUGAACCUGGAAAGAUUGGCUACACAUUCAAGUCAAUGGGAUGUGGAUUCUGGGGAUUGAAACAGAAUGAUUUCCGAAAAGCCAUCACCAAAAUUGUAAUGCAGGGCGGGGAUGCAGAUACAAAUGCAUGUGUGGCAGGAGCAUUGCUGGGAUGUAAACUAGGAUUAGAUGCUAUCCCUGCAUCGUGGAAGGACGGUUUGUUGCACAAAGAGUGGUUAGACCAACAGAUAUCUAGGUACCUCAGAAUGACAAAUGGAGAGGAAGUAGAAAGCAAGGAUGCAGGUCCAAAUCCAGGGCCAUCAGAAAAAGUGUGACAAAUGUUAAAUGGACACAAUGAAAAAAAAAACCCACUAAUUCAGAUAUUCAAAUAUAUGAACUUUAAUGUUAUUUGAAGUUCACCUUAACUUAUCCUCCUUUCUAACCGGGUUUUCCGAAAGUUUGGUUAUUGAAAUUGUGAAAAUGUCAGGCGGGCAAGCGGCUGCCAAAAGGGUAUCCUUAUUGUACGGAUAACUCCACCUACAGUUUUCAAAAUAGGAAGUUGUUGUUUUGAAUAGCAGUUGUACAUAUAUCAAAGAAUUUCAUAUUACUUGGAUUUUGAUUUUUAAUAAUUAAU